AUGGCACCAGUGCCGAAAGAGUGUGACUAUUUGGUCAUUGGAGGUGGUAGUGGUGGUUUGGCAUCAGCCCGGAGAGCUUCUUCAAAGCAUGGUGCCAAGGUCAUUGCUGUGGAACAUCAGCGACUCGGGGGAACUUGUGUCAAUGUCGGAUGUGUACCCAAGAAGGUUACCUGGAACGCAGCCUCUAUCGCCGAGACCAUCAAGGAAGCAAAAGCUUAUGGCUUUUCGGUUAAAGAGACAGCGCCAUUCGAUUGGCCGGGAUUCGUCAAGAAGCGUGCUGCGUACGUCGAGAGAUUGAACGGAAUAUACGCAAAGAACCUCGACAAAGAUAAAGUGGAGCUUCUCCGAGGCCGCGCAAGGUUCCUGAACAAGCAUGAAGUCCAGGUUACGAUGAAUGAUGGCUCAGAGGUCAAUGUCAAGGCGAAGAAGGUCCUCAUUGCUGUUGGGGGCUACCCUACACUACCUCCAAUUCCAGGUGCCAAGGAGCAUGCGAUUACGAGCGAUGGCUUUUUCGAACUUACACAACAACCAAAGAAGAUUGCUGUCGUAGGAGCUGGCUAUAUUGGUGUCGAAAUGGCUGGUAUGCUGCACGCGCUCGGCUCGGAGGUGCAUUUUUUCAUUCGUCAUGACACUUUCCUGCGAACUUUCGAUCCUCUUAUCCAAGAAAAGGUUACUGAAGAGUACAUCCGCCAAGGCAUGCAUCUCCACAAACGGUCUUCAAUCACGAAGAUAGAGGAUGCUGGCAAUGGGCAGAAGAAGAUCACAGUAGAUCUGAAUGGAAAGGAGGAGACGAUGGAGGUUGACACUGUUCUAUUCGCCAUCGGACGUAAACCUGAGGUGGACUCUCUGGGUAUCGACAAGAUCGGGCUGGAGGUUGACGAUAAGAGCCAUAUCAAGGUCGACAAAUACCAGAACACCAAUGUUGAGAACAUCUACGCUCUUGGAGAUGCUUGCAACGCUGGCUUCGAGCUCACCCCUGUCGCCAUCGCUGCUGGUCGGAAGUUGGCUGGGCGUCUUUUUGGUGGCUUGAACGAUGCUCAUCUUGUGUACGAGAACAUUCCCUCAGUUGUCUUUGCUCAUCCCGAGGUUGGCUCUAUCGGCUUGACUGAACCUCAAGCAAGAGAGAAGUAUGGAGACACCAUAAAAAUUUACCAGACUAGCUUUACCGCUAUGUACUAUUCCAUGAUGGAACAAGAAGACAAAGGACCUACUGCAUAUAAGAUCAUUUGCGAAGGUCCAAAUGAGAGAAUUGUUGGUCUGCACAUUCUUGGACUUGGUAGUGGUGAAAUCUUGCAGGGCUUCGGUGUUGCUAUUAAGAUGGGAGCGACGAAGCAAGACUUUGAUAACUGCGUUGCUAUCCACCCAGUAUCUGCGGAGGAGCUUGUAACGAUGACUUGA